AUGUGGAACCAGUGAACUGGCAGGAAGUACAUAAUCUGAGUCACUCUAAAGAGAACUUUCAAUAUGAACCUUUACUGAACAUUCCCCUUACACAUGUUAUCGAUCCCUGAUGAACAUCAUUUAUUGCUAAGAGUAACAGACAAACUACUGCAAAAUGUGAUUGAUGAACGGUUCAGCAAAGAGAUGCAAUUGAAGAUUUUAAUAAGCCCUGAGGCGUCAACCAAAGGAAAGAUAUCUCACAAGACUUGUUAAAGAAAUCAAUGAACUGGGAUCUUUCUCCAUAUGGAACAAAAAAAGAAUGCAGAUGGCUCUAAGGAAUUCACAGCCUUUUGGGCUUCCAGAAAAAAAAAGCUUAAUUCUCAGUGGAUUACCCUCAAAACUACACGAGGUACCGUGUAGCUUGCGAGACCAUAGCUAGCCAAGAAGGAACUUAAAAGAGAAAUCUGCCUACUUCUCCUAGAUAUUUUAGUACAAGAAAGUGACUAUAUAGAAACACCUGUCCGUCACACAAAAAGUUCGACUGGCUAAAUAAUUAAUAUGUUUAGGUCUUUAUUAACAUUUCCAGUCUAACGUUAUCGCUUUCCUAACUCUGUCUUCAUGUAAUCAGAUGACUUAUUGAUUUAAAAUUUAUUUAUGUGAUAACAUUUUUUUAAAAAAAGUUAAACCCUCACCCUCAGUUGUUCUUCUCUGCGGCCUAGAUUAGUUUUUGCUACCUGCGGGACAGUGUAAUUAAUUAAGUUCUUUCUUACAAUAAACUUAUGUUGUUGUUGUUGAAUUUCUCUCCCCUGAAAUAUGUUCAACAGUAAACAAAAUCUGGACAAAUUUUGCCAGUCUGUACAAUAAAAUACCUCAGUGAUUUUGAUCUGACAGACAUGGCCGCUAUGACACAUUCGACUGAGGCAAAAGCAUGGAUCGAUCUUUUUUGUUCACUGCGUGGGGUUUGUCGUGGAUAUUCUACGCCCAGAGUAACCCCCUACACGCACCCUCUUCCAUAUCAUUUUUUUUUAUUUGUUCAGCAGCAUGGCUUUCUGAAAAAAUUCACAGGUCAAGGAGUGGAGAAAUUACGAUGAAGCUGAAAGGGUCAUGUUUCACAAAUCUAACAAUUGGGAUGCUGCGGAAGUUAUCUUAUGCAGAAAGACCACUAGUGGGGUCAAAAACACCACCAGCCAGGGGCACCCAACGACGGUUUCCUCCUAAACACACUGAAAACACUAUUUACUUUUAGAUGUCUAGAAAUGUAUUCUAAGCAGCGCUAUAAAAUUUGUAUCUGUUCGGCCACCCUAGGGGAACUUGAGUCUUUUCGAUCGAAAUUACAAGGGCUUGUCAUGAGUAUUCAGUAUUUUCCUCAAAAAUUUUAGAUGCAAUUUGAAGUAAUACGAAAGUCAGACAUUUUCCGAUUUCUCUCUCCAUUGCAUUUUUGGGUCCGAAACAGAUUUUAGGUUUCCUUUUCCUUAUAAAAAAAAAUAGCCUAACUUACGUUUCAUCUAGAAAAUUUAGCCGUCUCAAUUCAGUGAUAGAAAAUUCUAGGCAAUAAUUGCUUCUUUAAACAGAUAUUUCACAGAAAACAGUCGUCCCUGACGAGCGAAAACUAAGGGCACCUACAUCGAAAGAAAGCUCAGUGGAAUACUGGGAGCCUGACUGAGUCAAUCAGCCCUCAUGAGGGGCAUUAAUUGGAGCUGAGAGCGUAGUUAGUAUCAUGCGUUAGCCGUUAGAUCUACUUACUCUAGUGUUUGACCCGCCGACCUGCAGGAAACAGACCGCAAGAUAAACCAGCGUCAUUUGAUAAACCCUGAUUUUGCUGCGUCACGAGCGCACACUCGAAUAUAUAUUGAAUCCUACCGCUGCUUUUCAAGUAAUGUUACCACAAUUGUCCAAACAUGAUGAACAGCUGACAGGUUAAGCUUAAUCAACUGCACAUUUCUUGAAGAAAUGGAAACAUUCUGAACUUUGAAAACAAAGGGUAUUUUUUUCAGCCCUGAUAGAGUAAGACGGCUUAAAAUUAACAGUUUUGCUUUUUUUAAUGAAGCUUAUACACGGAUCACUUUAUCUCAAACUGAACAGACUAAAGUCAAGGUCAAGAAAUGUAAGCCACAUUAAUUUCUAGUUUAGUGUUCUUCUCCUUCAAAUAGUCGCCAAGUAGGACUUUUAUUCUAAAUCAUUGCUGCUUGCUUGUCUUCGCUCAGGCUUUCAAACAUUCUGUUUCAGCGUUACUUUAACUUCGAUUGUUCAUCAUCAAAUAGUGAACUGUGAGUGCAAAACAACCACUUGAGGUGAAGAGUGUUCAUGGAAGUGCGUCAUAGUCAUUAGUGAUGCUACGUCAAACUCAUCGGCGUCUGAGAUUUUAGCCAGACGUUAGCGUCAUUUCUCUUUCAUGAUGUCCAUGCAACUAUCCGCAUGUUAAAACAAACUUGUUCAAACUGUCAGAUAUUAACUGAGAAACCACUGAUUACCCUCCUGCACACUACCAUGUUCUUUAUUCUGUUCAUCUACUAUGAUUGCACACGCAAUCUUUGAUUCGCCUUGAAGACUUGAGACAUUGUGAAGGUUCUGUUUUCAUUUUCAGGCAGCUGACAAGUAAUGACUACUGUUUUUCUAUUUCUUCUGUCGCUGAAAGGACCUUCCAUACGUCCCUUUAUGCGAGGGAUCCACGGCAUGUCUUGUGCUCUGGAUUCCACGCCGUGGAUUCCGAGUUCCAGGUACUCAGUACUGGAUUCCGGACUACAAUCUUUAGUGGGAUUCCGGAUUCCAAAGCCCAGGAUUUCCGAUUCCACAAGCACAAAUUUCCAUGAUUCCGGAAUCCCCAAGAAAAAAAAUUACCGGAUUCACGUACAUGGGGCGAUUUGAUGUUCAUGGAAAUUUUAAAAUGUUUGCGUGCGGAACAAGGACCGCGUUAAUCGCUCUCAAAGAUCCAAAGGCAGUUUCAAAGUUUGUUGUUGAGUCUGUAAUGAUUUUUGCAUUGGUAAAUAUAACAGAAACCUCCACGAUGAGAAGAUUGAACACUUCAAGUCCCUAACAAAAAAUGAUCACUUCUCAACUAUUGCUGACAAUGUCACUGCCACCGGACACAAUAAAAGGGAUCACUUUGAAAUCUUAGAAUCUGGCAAAACAGAUUGUCAUUGUAAGAUAAAAGAAACAUUGUUCAUACAAGACCUUAAGCCAGCUUUUAAUGUCAACAUCAGUAGUGAAAAGCUGAUGCUUUUUUAGCUUUUGCAUUUUGUAUUCAUUACUGUUAAGACUUUUUAAACUCUUAAUUUCACUUCCAGACCCCUGGAUGUGAACAAAACCUGAGCCUGGACCCAUGGGCUAGGCAUGGGCUACCUGUGGCCCACCCUAUGGGCCACCUGAAAAAAACUUGAGAAUUAAAAAUUCAUUGGUUUCAAAAGAGCGCUGCAUGAUAUGGACGAGUUCGGGGUCAUUGGAACAAUUACAAGCGACGAAUUAAAAAGAGCAGAGUAGGGUGUGGACAGGGUCGAGGCAUUAGAAGAACGGAUGGCACUUUUUUAAUCUGCCGUGCGUUCAGAUUUCCCGACCCCACCGCGCUCUUUUGAAUCCAUCCCUCGUUCAAAUGCUUCGAACCCGUCUCCAUCAUGGGGCGCUCUUUUGAAACCAAUAAAUUUUUAAUUCUCAUAUUUUUUUUUUCGGGUGGCCCACAGGUUAGCCCAUGAGCUACCUGUGGCCCCUAAGGCCCAGGUUUUGUUUACACCCUAUAAUUUUUGAAUAUAUUAAGUCUCGUCACUUUUGAAAAUGUAUGUUGAAUCAGCAUACGAAACGUCAAUUACAUAAAAAUGCGAAAACUCAUGAUGUUUGUCAACGCUGUUUCUGUUUUAUUUUUGAUCAAACUAUACGAUGACCCAAGAACUAAAGCAUAUAAAAAGAGAAUAUCGGUCGGUCACAUAAUUUAUUCGUCGCGAUAACAGGUUUUAAGCCUUAUCGAUGUUCAUCAGUAAGUUUAUGCGUGAAGCUAUCUCAGCGCGCUAUCUAAAGAAAUCAGAUAGUUUGUCAUCAAUAUCCUUUUAUCAUGCCUGACGCUAUCUAAAAAAAUCAACUAGCUUUUUACCAAUAUAGUAACCUGGCUAAUAUGGCACUACUACACUAAACUGAGCUAAUGACAGUGAAUCAGCGAGUAAACAUGGCGUAUUGAAUUUAUCACAAUUGUUUGCUGAUGUGCUCGAAAACAAUAUGGUGAGAUGACGAAGCAGAAACAGCGAAUAUUCAUUACUUUGCAAUUGACAGCUGAAUUUAUAGUAAAGGCUUCAAGGGUAAGGAUAUUACUGUGAUUGGCUCCUAAAUGACAACAGGGAAAUGAAUAACCUUGACUGAUUUUCUGCUUAGCUCUGAUUGGCUCAUAUGAUUGGUGUCAAUUGAUGACGCAUUUGCAAUCCUACCACACCGCGAGGAGGGAAGAACUUGCACGAACAAGCGUCUUUCUCUGAGAAGCGUCAACUUGAGGCACCGGUUUGAACCACCAUAAUGGCAAUUUUAGUACGAACAUGUUGCUGCGGCUGUGACUUGAAGACAGGCAUUUUGCUUAUCGGUAUUCUUGGAGUGGUGAGUACUCUGUUGACAAAUGAUCGAACUCACUCCGGGCAACCGCAAAAUGUUCCAAAAACGCGGGUUGUGUUUACACAUAAUGUUUGGUUCUCAAAUGCCGCCGACAUCUACCUGCGACAUACCGCCCCCGCCGUUCUGCCAGUUUCAUUCGCAUAUAUGAGAAAAGAGCUACCGCCAGGCCUUAAGAAGUUUAACUCGAAACAAUUUCGCAGGCAUGGCGGAAGCGGUAAAGACCACGCCACGAGUGUCUCAGAUGGUUUUCUCUGUGUUUUAGAAGCCUGUUGGAGUAAUUGGAGUUGCACUAAAAACUAUUUAUCUGUUCAGGUGUCUUAGGGGGAACUUUGUUCGUAACGAAAGUUUUAGUAGGCUUUUUCGUCUCAUCCGAUAGUGUUAGCUACCCUCGAGGACAUGAAGUAACCUUGUUUUCAUAGAAAAUUAUAGGGGACAUUUUGUCCGAAAGUUUUAGGAGACCUUUUUUUAACAGUAAUUGCGAUAUCUUGAUAUAAAAAUGUGAAAACACAAACUUCGAAAGUCGAAUUUAAGCUGUUAGAAAAACUCCGAAUAUUUUAGACGAAUAGAAAGGUUAUCCAGAAAUUUUUAGCUUUUCUCAAGCUUAAGAAAUUUCUAGGCAAUACUUUCUCCUUCAAACAGUUAUUUUACAGAAUAUAGUCGCUGAGUGCCCCUGAAAGACUGCAUUGAUGGCUUCUGUUGCCUCAUCGAAGGAAAUUUAAUCAGGACUACUCCGUCAGCCGCAUAAUUCUGCAUGUGAUAAUUUAAGGAGUUGUACAUGCAUGAGCGCGGAAAACUGAAGUGGUUCAGGCGUCAGAGCGGAAUUCGGCACGCAAGAUUCACCGAUAUUUUAAUUUCUACUUAAAACUUUUUAUCGAUGGUUAAUCCCUAGGAAAAAAUCUAAACUCUAGGAAUCAAAUACUAGGGGGAAAAAACGAUUUACUUUCUCUUUACUGUGUCUUGCUGCUGAAAACAUUUUGCAUCCACGUUUGUUUGUAAAUUUGCUAGCAUUUGAGGUCAUGAAUCAUUUAGCUUUAGUUUGAGCGAUACAAAACACUACGUGAUAAGGAGUUGUAAAAGGACGCCUCAGUUCCUUCAAAAUUCAGUCUUGAAGGUGAAAUCACUUUUUCCGCAUUGACUUCAUCUCCAGUUGCCAAUAAAACCAAGUUCGGGUCAUUUACUCUCAACAGUUGCCAAAUCUGCCGGAACACUUAACUACAACUUUAAAAAUAUAUAAUUAAAAUAAGCUAGGAUCCUUCGAUUUCAUAAAAAUUUCGCUUUUCUAAAGCCUUUGAAUUAAAUUUCGUUAGCCAGCUGGCCUAUAUUUUAGACUCUUAGUGACACUCCCUUUACGUUGAAUAUUUGCCCAGUAGGGUCCACGUAACAAUUCGAAACAACAAGAUCACCAUGAUGGGGUACAUUGGGCUGCUACCCCGGGGGGGUGGGGGGGGGGUACUCCCUUAUAUAAGCCAUAUGGGUAUGUGCCGCCCCAUCGGGUAGGGUUUUUUGAACAACUGUUUUGUGUGCGCUCUAAUCUAACUAAUGAUAACAUAAUUUCUACCUAAAGGUCGGGUCUGAAAACGGAUAUUGAUUUUAGAGGUCUAGUCUAAAAACUGGAGUGGAAAAUUGCAUUUACUGGUCUGAAAUCGGGUCAGGAUUUGAAAACCCGUUGGACACAUCCCCACCAAGAAUUUCCAGGCGUACCCCCCUCCCGUUGUUAGAACCUCAGAAGAGCUUUAAAUGUAAAAUUAGACAAACAAAACUAAAGUUUAAUUUGCUUUGCGAGUUUUAUUACGAAACAGAAUUUAAAACAUUGUAAGUUUUUAAGCGUAGAACGACAGCGAUUUUCGGAAUUUCCGGUAAUUAGUCAGGUUAUACUGUCAAGUAAAAUUUUUGAGGGGAGGAGGAUUGGGGAGGGGGGGGGGAGGGGAGAGGAGUCAUUGCGGAAAUACCUCAGUUAAAAAUAACUGCUGUCUUUCCUCGUUCCAAAAAAGAGAGACUUGCUUAUUUACAUUUUCAUUCUUAUUGGUGAAAUUGAUGGUCUAUAUUUUUCUUGUUUAUAUCUGAAAUGACAAGCUCUAAUCCCUUAAAAGUCAAAUGAUCGCCCCAAUCGCUGGGGGACGGGACACGCAACGCCUUUGAGUCAGCGUCCGCCAUUUUGUCUUUUUACCUCGGCUUGAGUUAUUAUGCCACAGGUAGCCCAAUAAUAAUCAGAUAGACACCAAAGGGACAUAUCUUUCGCAUAAUCACUUAUUCAAGUUUCGGUCACGCCUAAUUCGUGUUAUGUCAGUGACCUUGUUUUGUUGUAAACUGUAAGGUAGCCUGCGAGCAAGCUCUCUUAUUUGGGCGAGCGAAGCGAGGCACGAGAAAACUCGCGAGCGAGAGGCGAAGCCGCGCUCGCUUUCGCAUCUCCUCUCGCGCGCCUCUCGCGCGUCUACUUUUCACGAUAUCCCGCAAACGGAGAGCUUGCUCGCAGGCUGUAAGCUUAAAGAAAAAAAUUCGUAUCGAUAGUUCAGUAUUGAAGAAGAAGUUGACUUUUUUGUUUUGCAGCUCGGUUCUGGGUAUGGUAUCUACGCAGGCUUCCAGGGGGCGAAAACACUCAUUAAUCUAAAGGAUACCUACAGGGAGCUCGAUCAGGAGGGAGAGAAGCUUCCAAUUGAUUACAAGUAUUACAAAGGUUUGUCUCUUUCGUUGCAGUCUUGGUCGGACUCAUCGAACAUUUCGGAGGUGAAAGGAGUUAUCAUCAAGUAUCCUGUCUUUUUUUCAGAACUCCUGGUUAAUAAACUAUCACAUGGGACCUUAUCACUUUUUUGGAACACAAGAGAUUAUUUUAUCUCUGAUUCGACUAACCAUCGUUUCAUUUGAAAUCUCGUCAAGCUUUUAAAAAAUGGUUAAAAAUACAGUCUAUUCCCAAUAACUAGAACCUUCUAGCGCGAAUCGAACAAAACUCGAGUUAGCAGGAAUAAUUCGAGUUAUCGGAAGAUCGAAGCAAAUCACUGGAAAUAUGGAAAUGGGAUGUGGAAUGAAUGCAUGCUGUAACAUGCACACUUCAAAACUUGAUAAAUCAGGCAGUUCCGGACACUGUACUCUUAACCAUGUUAACCGGACUAACAAAAAGUAAAGAUAAAGAAUACAUGGUUUUUGUUAAAGUAAUGUCAAUAUUUUUAAGGAAAUUAAAAAUUACUUCGAGUUAUCGGGAGGUUCGAGUUAUCGAGGGUAAAAUUACAGUAAGGAGGAGGAAGGAAAUCCAAGGGAAAUCCGUUUUGGUUCGAGUUAUCUGGAGUUGACUGUAACUGAGGUGAUUGUGAUUUUUAGAUAUUUUAAAUGAAUAACUAAUUGACGAUUGAAUUUAUGUGGCUCUUGCAAUACUAUAUAUUACUUCUAAAAGUCACGAGAAUAAGCUGUUGUUGCUUUUGUCGGCAUGUCCGUUUAAUCUCAAAAAGGUUGUUAAACGUCCAUCGUUUGUAAAAAGGCUAGCCUAUCCUCUCCACGCUGGAGUUUUUAGGGGAGCCGUAUUUUGCUCCCUGCGUAGGGGGCUAUAAAAAGGCCCUUUAUGUAUCAGUUCUGCUGUGCACGCCACACACUGAGUGUCCUUUUUGCUACUUUUAUCAUUCAGGAGUCGUCAACUUGCUUUACGUUGCGGCUGCUAUCAGCAUCCUUGGGCUACUGGUCAAUCUCAUGUUGCUGUUUUCGUUUUGCACGGUAAGUCGUAUUAAUAAAAGAACGGUUCUUUAAUCUGUGACACUGAAAAGUAGGAGCCUUUAUGGACAUAAUUUUAAAUGACCUUUGUUCGUUUCUCUUCGCUUUUGACGAUCCCUUAUAACUGUACAAAUCUUUGUUUCCUUCACUGCCUUCCGCCAAAUAAAGCUCAAUUGACAUAUAAACAUUUCUGUUAACAGGUUCUGAAUUUUUCAAAGAUUCAUCUUUAUUCUGGUCAAUGUAUCACUCGCACUGAAGCAAUACGCAUUGAAUAACAGUUAGCAUUUUAAUUUUUUUAGUUCAGCACUGUUCGAAGCGGUUUAAGUCUGUUAGCACUGUAUGUACCUGUUUCUUUAAAGACUGCAAUAAAAAGCAAGGCUGACAGACUCUACAUCUGGGAAUUAGCACACUCAAAUGCGUUUUCGUUUGAAAACGUCGCCUUUGAGUGACAGCUCGGUCAAAUUAACCUCGAGCUCCCUUCUCAAUCAUUUCUCAAAUCUUCCCGGAUCACUGAUCCAGAUCCUUUGUUUUCAGAGGUUGGUCAUUCCUUGAAUAUGGAUUUCUUAAAAAUUAAGCUUAAUAUAAAUAUUAAUUUGAAUUUUUCUUUUUUCUUUUAAUUUUCUUAGAGGAAUCGUUUUUUGGCGCUGCCAUACAUAAUUUUUUACAGCUUCUCCGUUCUCUACAGUCUGGCCGUUACCAUUUUCCUCAUUUCAAUCUGGCAUGGGGUACGUACGAAUCUUAUUUCUUGAUGUGACAGCUUGGUCGAGCGAUUGAAGAUUGAAGUUCGGAGGCUCCGAGUUUAAGUUCCGCCCCUAUCGAUAUAGGGCUUUCCACAAGUUGCUCGGCAACUUUUUGGCAACUUCUUGUAUUUCGAGCAACUUUUUUCGUUUCGAGCAACUUAUUUGCAUUCUGAACAAUUUCUCAAGUUAUUUUCUAAUUCUGACAUAUCGGAGCAGCUUUUUGUGUUUAAAUUGGUUUUUCUUCCAUAUUUCACAAUGUUUUAGUACACAAUUUAUGAACUUCCUGUUAAAAAAAGGGGCCAAAUCCUUCCCCCUGGGGCAGAUCAUGGGCGCCAGAUAGAAGUAGCCGGGCUAGGUUGGCGGUUUUUGGAGAAAAUUCAAAAUUGUGGACGAAGGUUCUCACUUGACUGACUUGAGUGUCUGGGGUGAAGAAAGUCGUUCAACAAUUUGUAUUCUGUACUUAUUUUUUCUAACAUGUUGUAACUCUUAGUUUAGUAUACAUCCUUUUCUUUUUCACCAAAAUACGACGCGUCAGUCUAUAGAAAAACAGUUUGGGGAUCUAGCCUCUCGCCGCCCGAGUCCCUACACCCCCUUCCUACUUACUCACACUUUUCCAAGGUCUUAUCCCUCAACUGGUUAUUUAAAGAUGAGAUCAUCGUUUCUGUACUAAACUAACUUUUUUUGCUGUUGCUUUCUUUCUUUUUACGAUUACAGUUCCAUUAUAGUUUUGCCGUUGACAUGGUUACCCCCGUGAUAACGGUAUGUAUUUCAAAUCGUUAACGAAUUUUGGCUGAAAAGAUCGUUAACUAUAAGGUUAAAAAAAAAGAACUUGUAAUUGCUUAGUAGAACUCAACUUACUCUCACUCAUUUACUCACCUACUCACUUACUUUCAUUGUACUUAUGUUCUUCAUAAUUGCUUUUCAGAUCUACUUUAUCCUUGUGGUGUACUCGUACUUUGAGAGCCUUCGUGAAGAUCCCUCUGGUUCCAUUGCGGGAUUUGAUCAAGGAAGAGGAACAGUUAUGGUAUGUUACUCUUCCAUGCCUCUUUGUCCCAUGUAAACUUUGAUCCCAUCCUGUAAUUUCUUUUCCUUUAGUGCGUCUUUUAUCGUCUCUACUUCCAUGGUUAACGCUCUUCUUUUUUCCCCUCAUUAUUCUCUUCUCUCCCUCCAAAUAAGUCUGUCUAUCCUUUUCUUAAACCUUAGUGUAUGACCACUCAAAUGAAAGAAAUGGGUACUCACAUGGGUCUGAAGUUAUUUUUGAUGAAGUCAUAAAAAUGGGUUUCAUGUUUUUUUUUUAUCUGGCAGAUGCAAGUGGGAGGUCCUCCAGCUUACGCAAAGUUUUGAGCCGCGGAAGCCCGGCGCGGAAGUUGUCGAGUGGCGAAAAAACUAAACUGUUUACAGUCGCCUCUAUUUCCAUUAGAUCACCGAGACCGAGCACUUACUAACUAAUGAACGAACAUCCUGGUGUGCUGCGCUUCUUCAAAUGACUGAGGCGAUAUUGUUUAAGAUAACAUGGCUGUCAGUGAUAGCAAGCGCUCGAUCUCGACGAUUUUACGGAAGCAUAGGCGACUGUCUUGAAACAGUUUAAAGUAAAACGUCCAGUCGUUGUUGUUUUGUUUUUUUUUUUAAGUAGAUUAGAGCUUUUUAUAUAUUCUGGCAUAGCAUCGAGUAGUGAUAACAUUUAAAUGAGUGAAAAUAAAGCCCAAAGAUACAUUGAGUAGAUACUUUUGAUAUGCUAAAUGAAGGUCCAUUCAGCCACUGCAUGGCACUAGCUUACUGAUAGGUUCCAGCCGGCCCCAAUUUAAAACUAAGAUUUAAAAGUUAUUAAGGAUCGAAUAAUUAGAGAAAAUGUCUUCAAUUAGCUUGCACGUUUGUAAGCCGAAGCCUAUUACUUUUAGACUAAAUGUAGUCAUGUAAACUAUGUUUAACGAUAAAUGGUGUCAACAAGAGCGGUAACAGCCCCGGUGGGGUACUCCCGCGAAUUUUGGAUAGGGGUGUGCCGCGAAAGUUCGUGAACCCUAACCCUAUUUAAGGACUAAGAAAGCGAAAACUGAUACCCUUUUUAAAGCCCAAAGCCGAAAAAUGACACCCUAUUCAAAAGAGGCCUUACGUGUAUUUACCCGCUUAACGGCUAUUAAACCUCUGUUGCAAAAUCAUUUUGUUAAUACUUAAACGGAUACAUAAAGUUAAAAAAAAACCGUUCGUUUAGGCGGGCGUUUUCACACUCCAGUAUUAGAUAAUACAAUUAAGCUACCCUAUUUAAGGACCACACCAGGGACACGGAAACAAAAGGGUCCAAAAAGAUUCCCUAUUUAAGGACCGAGCACCUCAAAAACCAUACCCUAUUCCGCGGCACGUACCUAUAUAGCCCAUAUAUGGGAGUACCCCCCCCCCCGGGUAACAGCCCGGAAAACAAAAACAAGUCCACGUGAGGAAGCCAAUACUAUCGGUUACGAUUCUCUGUGCUGGAUUUCAUAGGGGCUGUGGUUAAAUACCUAACAACUUGUAAAAGUAAUUCUUAAGAUUUUUGCUUGCGUUGACAAGUUAACGUAAUAUUUUCUUAUUAUCAUUGAAUCGUAUUCAAGGCAUUUCGGUUAAAGUAGAGGGCACUAGCAUUGAAAGAACACAAUCAUUCAAAUACCUAGGCGUAACGCUUCAACAGUCUAUGUCCUGGGCAGAUCACGUCGAUGCUAUCAGCAUGAAGAUUAAUCAGAGAAUAGGCCUAUUAGGAGAAUCAGGAAUCUAUUGCCGCUACAAGCUAGAGUUGCCUUGUACAAUGCCCUAAUCCUCCCUCUUUUGAUUACGGAGACGUUAUAUGGGGGACAAAAACAAUGACACCAUCAUGUCAGAAUUACAGAUUCUACAGAAUAAAGCUGCUAAAGUUAUGCUGGGGCAACCACCCCGAAGCUCGUCAACUGAAGCACUGAAAAGUCUAGAUUUGAAGUCACUGUCCACAAGAAGGUUUUUUCAUCGCUGCAUUGCAAUCCACAAGUGUCUUAUUGGAGAAACCGAUUUCAGCUUUAAUUUUACUAAAAGUCAAGCUGUUCAUUCAUAUAAUACAAGACGCUCUAAUGAUAUUCGCUUACCCCUACCCAGAACAAACUGGGGUAAACAAACUUUUAUUUUUCACGCCGCGAAAGACUGGAACAGCCUUCCAAAUGAUUUAAAAGAGUGUAAUAUUUUAUCUAUUUUUAAAUCCAAGUUAAAAACUUUUUUAAAAGAUCUCAGCUAAUUUUAAACCUUGAUGUUUUUUUGUAUAAUCGAUUUUAAGAUUUUAAAUUUUUAAAUUUGUUUUACUUGUAAACAUGUUUUACUUUUUUCGUAAUUAUUAAUUAAUUUAGUUAGAUUAAUGCAUGAGGGCCCCACUGAAAACCGCCUUGGCGAGUUGGGCUCCCUCUAUAAAUAUUAUUAUUAUUAUUAUUAUUAUUAUUAUUAUAAGCAUACAGUAGUACGAAGUGAGUGUAAAAACUAGAAUUAAAGUCCUGCAAAUUGUUUGCUCUGCCUCCUCGUUGUUUUUGCCCGGUAGAAACCGCGAGUGUAUAAAGUAGCCUAUAAACCGUGGCAAAAACCAUUUCCGAUUAAUGCUACAGGCCCCUUGGUCCCAGAGACUUUUCUUGCGCGGUUCCCGGUUUCCGGUAAGUCUUAAUGGCGCGCGUUAGCGCCUGCCUCGUACCCAGACGUCUCUCUUCGAUGUGCGCGCAAAGGAAGGCGGGAACCCUUCCCAUGGUCCCUUGCGGUUCAUCACCAGUCACUCGCGUUUCGCGCUCGCCUCUGCCAUACGAAAAACGAAGCGCCCAAGGUGGAGGUUGCGCUAGCGCUAUGCCGCUCGUGGCUUUGGCCUUCGGCCGGCACAGAUCCGCUGAAGAUUUCCGCCGCACGUAAGAAAAGCCUCUGAGAGCGCCUCGUCUGACCUCAAAAUCUGGAUCUGACAAUGCUUAACUGGUCAGGUCAAUACAUUUUUAACUCGUGGGAACGCGCGAGCGUACCACGAGUAAUUGCAGGGACUAGGAUAUGCAAAUUAGUCGCCCGCUUCCUCGCAGUAGACGGACACCGGGUCGAGGCUUGUCCGAAUUCGAGAGUGCAAAGAUCUAUCGUUUCCGAAGAAGCACACACUCGCCGAAAUUCGGUGUGAUCAAAUUCUUAUGAGAACGUGCAUCGAUCGUUUGUGUCGUUCUCUGCCCAGACUCAGAGUUUUCUUUGUGGCAAAUUUUCUACAGCACGGUUAGAGGUCUUACCAAAUUUAAGACACGCAGUAGUCUUUCAGAUGAGUACGAUAGUUAACUUCGGGAUUGGAUCGACGAGAAGAUGAGCAUUUGCUCUUCGACUCCGCAAGAUCACGGGGGAUAUACAAGUUCCAGCUUGCUGGAAAGUGAUCAGAAAGUGAGAAAAUAUCAUGUCAUGAUAUUCUUAAGAACCUGUAUGAGCCAAAAAUGGAUGCGAUUUUGACCAUUAGCUUCAAAAUAACAGCGGAAAUCGAGAUAAGGCAGUGAUGAGGUAACAUAUGUUUUCCGUCGUACCACGCAGACGUGGUGUAUCGGCUUUGUAAAGCAUAAAAUGUAUGUUCUUUCCUUCAUUCAUUGCCUCGAAAUUCGUUUACACUGUUUUUGCUGUUGUUUUUUUUUAAACUGUCAAUAGCUCCGUUUAUGCGGCUCGAUCAUCUUUCAACGGCGUUUAUGGUGCAGAGUUUGAGUCCUACUCCGCACCUUUGUUUCUUCCAUCUUUUCUUUUUUUUUUUUUUCCCCGUUUUUGUUUUGUUUUGUUUUUGCUUAUUGUUUUGUUGUUUUUCUAUAACCAAAAUGAUAGCGAAAGUUGGCCACGUUAUCAGCCUUUCACGCGCUAUUAGCCACGCUAUUGGACGGUACAGGAAGAGAAUUAAAUUGGUUUUAUUAACUUCACUCAGUUCACUGGCCCAGGCUUUUGGGAAGGGGCCCCUAAAGAGUAAUUUUUCCUUAUUUGUAAGUAAAUUAACCAAUUGUUUAUAAAAUAACGAGAAAAUGAAUAAACAAAUUUGGUCUCGGAAAUAUUGAAUUUUCAAACGGUGCCGUUAUCAAUUAGGCAUGUAAUCAUGGAUACUGGUCAUCUUUAUAUAAAGGAUCUAAAUACAUAUCUUAUCUAAUUAUCGCAUAUAAUGUAAGAUAUGUAUUCCGAUUGGCAACUAAAAAUGAUAAGAAAGAAUUGAAAAACCUAAUAAAUAUUUUGCUGAGCUCUGGUUGGCCAAUAUCAGCUGGCGGCCGCUAAUUAACUUGCCGACACAGUUUCACAUUUCCUUGUCUCAAGGAAGCAAGAAAAGCAAAAUUGAGAAGCCUGCCGGAGAGCGCCAUCUUAAAACACGGGUUUGACAAAACCAUGACAAUACUUGUGCGAACAUGUUGUUGUGGCUGUGACUUGAGGACAGGCAUUUUGCUUAUCGGCUUUUUGGGAGUGGUAAGUAAACACCAAUUUAACUUUCAUUAUUACUCCAACAGCGGCGGGCAACAAUGUUAGUUUAGCUUAACUUUAAGUGCGAGUUUUGCCCAUGCACUUGUUUGAUUCAGUGGGGAUCACUCAAGAAUUUCAAUUUAAAUAAGUGCUACGUACUCCACUGAAUAAUCUCAUACUUCUACCAUCUUUGUGUAUGUUAUAGUCUGAGGCAGUUUUACUUAACCGGGAGAUACCGACAUGCGGAAAAAGGCCAGCAACUAAGGUUCAACCUCACUGAGGUUGAUAGGACUUAAAGAUGAAUAUAAUGACUGUGGUGAUCCCUUCGCCAAAAUAAGAUUAACCGACUAGAGCAACCGGUUUAAUCUCUGUCUUGCUCUGUUUGAUUGAACUGAUAUUUUGCAAAGACACCCAGUUUGAAUGGAAUUUUUAAAAUCGAGCUGUCAUUUCAGGGUCAUGAUUGUGUAACAGUACUGUAGUUUGCAAGAGUCAUACCUAUCACUGAUAGAAAAUGUUCGCAUAAAGGCAAAAUGUAUAGUUCUCAUUUUGUGUCUGCCACGUGGUUGUGCUCGAACUUCCGCAUUAUUGAAUUGCCUUUCAGUUACCGGUUCAGUCUUUUUAUUCAAAAGGUACCACUUUUGUUUGCCAAGCACCUCAUUUUUCCUUUGAAGCAACGUUAAUCUCAAAAAGAAACUAAAACUUCACUUUUUAAGCCUAAAUUAAACUAGCGUAGGAUUCUCAUAGCUUAUUGUUAGUUCUAGUUAUGGACUGUUAUAGGACUGUUAUAGGACUACAUGCAUGUAAACUUAUCUAAUUUCAGUUUUGUAUCGUGUUUUAGUUUUGUAGUUUAGCCCACAGUCUUCAUUUCUAUACAAAAUAAUUUCUGUCAUUCUGACCACAGGCCGUAUAAGCCCCCGGCUUUGGCUUUACUGAGUUUGUACUAUAUGAGCGAUGGAAUAAUAAAGUUAAAGUUAAAGAUGGAACUGUUUUUCAGUCGUGACAACGUAUUGAAAAUUUUGGUUUCCGUUAACAACACACGACGCGCAUCAUUAACUGAAUAGAGAUUUCACGGUCUGCAUAAUUCUAAUUCUAUUCCUUGUCUCAAGGAAGGAAGAAAAGCAAAUUGAGAAGCCUAGUCUGCCGAAGACCGCCAACUUAUAAUUAGAACAGGGGUUUGACAAAACCAUGGCAAUUCUUGUCCGAACAUGUUGUUGCCGCUGUGACUUGACCAAUCUUCUUUGACGGAACUGCUUUUCAGUUGUCACAACUCAUCGAAAAUAUAACUUCCUUAACGCUAGAGGCGCCUCAUAAACAGAUUUCAGGGUACUAUGUAUGCUGUUACAAAAGUUUGUGCUCUUUGCACCAGUGUAAGUUUAAUUAUGUCGUUCGAAUUUAGACAUCUUUUGCUUAAUUUUAUACUGGUUUUACUCUUUUUAUUGAGGAAUCUAUUUCUUCACAUUCUGAUCAAACAGCGCUUACAACUAAUCGGAUACAAGCCCCAUUAAAAAAUAGUUUUGUAGUAGUUUCGUCAGCCAUUAUUUCUUUUGUGCAUGAUUUGCUCUUUUGAGUGGAAAUUUUAAAUUUCAUGGUGACUUAUUGUGAGCCAUCCACCUGCCUUUCCCUUUUAACCAAAAAAAAUUAAAUAAAAUUGAUUCAGCAAACGAGCAGCAAGAUAUCGGCACAAAUGUAUAAAAUAAUACUCAAUAAAGCUAAUACUCUGAUUCUCUGGGUAAGACACGAAUUAUUCUUUUAUCAGUCAGUGGGUGAAAGUGUCGCAAGUACUCCAAACAAUUGUACUGUCUCAUUGUUUCCAGCUUACUACAUUGAAGUUUGCAUCAAUUACCAAUCGCCCUGAAUUUUCCAAUCCGCAAUGAGCAUGAAAGUUUUCAGGCAACCACUCCAUGAUUUUAAGAACGAAACUGAUUAUCAAUUCUUACUUAGUCUACCAAACAACAACUUAUAAUGGUCAAUGUUUAAAGAGAAAACUUUUUAACCUUAGAUCCGUGCAUUUAGUCGGCAUUCGACCAAAUUAAACCUCGUCUUUGUCUCUCACAGUCUACCAAAAGCACAAACAAAAUUGACCGUCCAUAACUACGGCGGCACGGACCUGAAUUUCUUAGAACUCAGGAAAACGUUAAAAUUAUUCUAUUACAGAUCGGCUGUGGUUAUGGGGCCUACCAAGGAUUAAAUCGCGUCAGAACACUUAUUAAUCUCAAGGAGAAGGCCAAGGAACUUGACAACGAAGGAGAGAUGCCAUUUGAUUACAAAUAUUACAAAGGUUUGUCAAGCUUUUAAUUUUCGUCUUUCGUUCCAGCCUUAGAUCAUGAGAAAUAGAAAAGAAGUUUAUUUCUUUUAAAGUGUCAUUUUUUCCAUUUUUUCCAUUUUUUUUUUUUCAGUUUCUCUUCACCGCAUAAAUUAAGAAGAUGCAGUUUUAAAAUACUCAUCUGUUCAUUUUGUGGUUGUUGUUGGGGUACUGAGUUAUUGUAACAGUCUGCGACCUUCUUCAAUUACCCUGAUCUUACAGAAGGGGUGGAGGUUGACGGAUCCUGCAGGAAACGCGAAGGAGUACCCACAAUUUAAUUCUAAAACUUCAAAUCCUAAACAAUUUAUGUUACUUGUUAAAUAUUUACCGGAAUUUUAAGGCCCUUUUCUGACUAAUAAAUUUAAAAAUUGUUGUCUUUAGCUAGAACGAUUUUAACUUUUUGAACUCCCGUUAUCAGACGUUUGAGAGGUAUUCAAGAGGGGGACUUAACAUGAAUCACUGCUAUUAGAGGACAGCCCACAUGUUACACAGUCAGGCUACAUGCGUAGCCUGGGUAGCCUGCGUAGCUGGCGAGAUUAAGGGGGACGUGCUGUUGUUUUUUGGCGGCGGAGCCGUGAGAAUAUUGGUAGCAAGUCAUAAAAUCCAGCGAGCAAUCCCGACAGCUACACAAGCUAAGGUUGCACAAGCUGUUAUUUAAUUUCUUUAUAUCUUCUUUACCAUUAUCGUUCAGAUGUCAUCAGCUUGUUCUACGUAAAGGCUGUUGUUAGUAUCUUUGGACUACUGGCCAAUAUCAUGUUGUUGUUUUCCUUUAGCAUGGUGAGUUUUAUAUCUCUAUAUCAUUGCUCAAAUUAAUAAUUAUAUUCAUACUACUACACUAAAAAUUUCUGCAAUUUGAUUGGCUUAGAGCAGUGGUAUUUCAGCUUCAUUUGAAAUACCUACAUGUGAAAAUUACAAACCUUUUGCGGGUAGUAGUAUAAACAAAUAAUAGGAUGUCUGUACGUGAUAAUUGGCAUAAAUACCACUCGUGAUAUUUCAAAAUUGUCUCAAAUUUCACUUGUCUAACGGUUCGUGAAAUUACGUAUAACAAUUUCGAAAUAUCCCUCGUGGUAUUUAUGCCAAAUAUCACUACAAAUCAUGCUAUUACCUAUACUGAUACUGCAGUAUUUCAGUUUAAUUCUGUGAAAAACCGUUUUUUUCCUAUUAUGCAUAAAAGAUGCUUUUAUUUCUUUUCUCCUUUUUUUUUCUUUUUAAUGAAAUCGUUAGAAUGAAGCGGAAGGGAAAUGUUAAUCUCAGCGCUUCUUGGUGAUUUUCUAAUUCAUCUAAUUUGAUGCACAAGGCGGUUGUUACGUAGAUCUACCAAGAUCCCAUACCUUUGUUUGUCUUAGUUAGUAAGUAUUGACCUGGUUCAAAACAAUGCAAAUCUUUAAUUUUUUUUUCAUUAUUUUUUUAUAGAAAAAUCGUUUUUUGACGCUGCCAUACAUAAUCCUUUACACCUUCUCCGUUUUCUACGAUCUGGCCGUUAGUAUUUUCCUGAUUGCAAUUUGGGACAAGGUGCGUUUAUAACUUUGUGCUAUUCAUAGUUUUGCAAAUUAUGAAGAACGGGUCUUUGCUUUAGGGAAUGGAAGGGCACGGAGGGUCAAUAUCCCUUUUUUUCUGCAUUUAUAAAAAUAGUAGACUCGUUGGGCCGAGAAAAAUGUUUCACGAGACUGCCCCCCGCCCCCCCUCUCUCCCUCCCUUCAUCACGUUAAAUGAAGGUCUUGGUGUGUGCCCACUGUCCGCCCCCAUUUCUUAGUUAUGCGCGGACUGCUUGAUCCGUCUCUAAAAAAGAGAUGGCUAACGUCAGUUGGUCUUAUUUUGAGCUCAUCGUUGGAGUCACUAACUUUAGUUUUUUCGAUUGCAGUUUCAGUAUACUUUUGCCAUUGAGAUUUCCUCUCUAGUGCUAACGGUAUGUACUGGAAUGAUUAUGUCGUAAAUGAGUUUUUACUUCUAAGGUCGUCAACUAGGACACCACUGAUACCGUUCCUUUGGCCAAUUUGUGUACGUAUUUUUUUCUUUUCACUCUUAUCAUAGUGGCAGGAGGGGCUGCCUACCAUAGGGAAAGGGGCUUAUUAAUAUCAAUUAAAUAAAGGUGGGAUGGUAAAAAAUACGCGUCUGUCUAUGGUUCGUCCGGGGGAGGUGGUUCUCUGCCUAGUUAUAGGCUAAUGGGGAUGUGCCGCUGGAUUGGGUUGACUGGAUUGACUAUAAUGGGGUUACAUUUUCGGUAGAAUUACUAGAAGGGGUCCGGGAUAGGGCAGCUUUUGCGGGAAGCUUUUUCACACCAUUAAUUGUGCUUAUUUACAUCAAGUGUUAUCAACUCUCUCUCCAGGAGCCCACGGCUGAGCCCAACCUCGUUCCCAGGGCGCUUUUUCCUGGUGGGGCGGGAAAAUCGCCCGGGGAACAAGGUUGGGCCUGAUCUAUCUGGCCUUGUUUUGUGUAGCUAGCUCGAAUGUUUUUAUGCCUUUUUAAGAUCUACUUCAUCCUUGUGGUGUACUCGUACUAUGAGAGCCUCCGUGAAGAUCCAUCUGGCUCCAUUGCGGGAUUUGAUCAAGAAACCGGAACUGCUAUGGUAUAAUGUUCUACUAUUUUUUCAUUUAUUAAGGGACCGGUCAUUAUUUAUCGCCUGGGGGGCGAGGGGGGGGGGGUUGGAGGAUUUGGGGUUAAACAAGGUGAAAUUUAGCCGAUCCCCCCUUUGAAUGUUACUUCACAAAAAUGAUCCCCCUUAAUAACAUUUAAUAAUUUUUGCCAUCCCCUCCUCCUCCAUGCCUUCAUUUUCUAAGCAAAUUUGAGUGGUUCCCCCUUUUGGGUUCUUAGUUACGACAGGUUCGCCCCUUUCGUUCUCCUAAAACUCAAGUUAUCCGCCCAAAAAUCCCCCCACCCCAACAGACGAUAAAUAAUGACGGGUCCCCUAAUAAAGAGAGAAUAAUGUACCAGAGAGAUAAUCUUAGGGCGUCGGCCGUGGUAUGUGAAUUUCACCAAGGUUAUUUUUAGAUUAAAGAAAGUCUAAUUUCUAAGACGUCCGCACAUUUUGAUCAGUUGUUUGAAAUGCCAUCAAAUCCACGUGCGACUAUACAUCAAAGCAAUUAAUGCAGAAUAUUGAUGACUCUCUUGAUAAUACUAAAUAAAAGUCUAUGGACCUCUCCGGAAACACACUUUCGAUUAGUUUCAAGCGUUUAAUUCAUCUAAAAAUAACUAACCAAGGGCUAGAAUGGACAUUUCCUCUCUGGCUUCUCGUUAUCCUCUCUUGAUCCCUCUCAUCUCUCUUCAGCAGCUCUUUUCCCAUUCGUCGUUUCUUUCUUAACUUGUUUGAUUUUAUUUCAACAAUCCUUCAUCCACAACCCUUAAACUUCCAUUUUCUGCUUUUAGUUUUUUGGUUCUUUUACAAAAUAACCCUUUACACAAUUUGCUCUCAGCUCUAUCCUUUUGAUAUACCUUGGCGAGUGACCAUUUAUUCAGUGUAUAAUUUUGUUUGUCUUUCUCAACUGAUCAAUUUAGCUGAAAUAUUAAAAACGGCGUUGUUCUUUUUCUCGCGCAGGUGCAAGUGGCUGGACCUCCUACUUACGCACAGCUUCGUUGAACGCGUUUGAUUUGAACCACGGAAAUCGUCGCGGG